GCUACGUGAUGGCCAUGCAUCCCUAAUACACAGGUUUGGGGGAAAAAAAUCAAGAGUUGGGCUUGAAGACUCGUCUAACCCACAUCAAAUCAAACAGACGGAGCCACCUCGUUCCUCAAUGCUUUGUUCCAGUUUGGUUACCUCAGUUCCGCUGGCGCUUGCGGACAAGCCGAGUGCAGGCAUGCGAUGACGUUGCGAGCUCCCCGAAGCUGGAGUGCAGAGAGCUUCCUCCAGACGCUCAGAGCAGCUCCCCCUCCAUCUGGAAGCAAAGCGAUCAACUGCGGAUCGGGCUUUCACUUCAACACCGUAGGGGGAGGGGAGGGUCACUGCUAACCACAGUGCGACUUUGCUCAAGUUGGAGACUCUAAUUCACAGCAGCAAUGGCAGAUGAGAAAUUCCUACAGUGUCCUGAAGUCAGUCUGUGAAUCCUUCAGAUUCCAUCAUCUGCAAUAAUUUGCUCCUACAAUUGAACCUAAUUCUGUUUGAGCUGAUGUCCAUCUAAGGAAACUUACAGUAGAUUUGGCAAAGAACAAUCAGAAUUGGAUCAGUCUUUCCAUGAAACUGUUAUACUGCAGUUCUGGCCAAACACAGAUUCCCUUCAGAUUUUCCUCAAAAAUGUGGACUCCUCUUGGACUGUUUCUUUACAUCUCUAUUUCCUCUUUGACUGCGAGCUCAGUGUACAAUUUACAAAGUAAUGGAGUCAAAGUGCUGAAGUCCCUUCACGUCAGUAGUGCAAAGGAAUGUAACCAAACUUGUGGCAGUGUAGUAGACCAAGAUGGCUUGGAGUGUAAUUGGGUUGUAAUUGAAGAAAAACAAAAUCUUUGUUUUUAUUUGCACUGUCUUCAUAUUCCGGUCUGUAAAAGAGUAACUGUGGAAGAUGCUAAAGCUUUGCAAAUAGGGCAAAGUUUACCAAGCAAGAGUUUUUUAAGUCGUAUACAUAGGGUUAAAAGAGGUAAUAAAAGGAGUAACAGUAGUAAUUCCACAAUUUUCAAUGAAUCAUCUCCAGUAUCAGCACGAGCCACCAUUACAUCUGCUAUCACCACGAGUCCUACCACAAGGACAACUACAACCAUCCCCACCACAACCACCAUAACGUCAACUGUCCCCACUACAACCUCAGCCACGACCAAGGUAUCAUCAACUGUUCCCACCGCCACCACGGUAUCAUCAACUGUCCCCACCACAACCAAAACCACCAUCACAGUAUCAACUGUCCCCACCACAACCACAACCGCCACCACGAUAUCAUCAACUGUCCCCACCACAACCAAAACCACCACCACAGUAUCAUCAACCAUCCCAACCACAACUACCGUAUCAUCAACUGUCCCCACCACAACCACAACCACCACCACAGUAUCAUCAACCGUCCCAACCACAGCCACAACCACCAUAUCAACUGUCCCCACCACAACCACAGCUACCACCAUAGUGUCAUCGACUGUCCCCACCACAACCACAGCUACCACCAUAGUAUCAUCAACUGUCCCCACCACAACCACAGUCACAACCACAAUCUCUCAAGAAGUCACAAAUACAGCUUCAACUCUUCCAUCAGUACCUAUUUCAGGUGCUCAAACACCUCCAAUGAUGACAAUAAUACCCACUACAAUUAAUUCAACAAUGAAUGUCAAUGAGCCAACUUCAGUAAAUGAACAUUCCACACAACUCUCCACUACUAGUUUAGCAAAAACUACCAAGCUACGAACAUCAACUGCUCCACAGAUGAGAUUGGCUCCAACAAUUGUUCGUCAAACCACAAUGGCAAAUGCAUUAUCUACAAAAGCCAUGAGUACUUCAAAUGCAUCUAUGACUUCACCUCAAACCACAACAAAGAAAAUAAACAGUUCAGCUUCUGUAACUAUGACCAUGUCCACAAUGCCUGGAGGAACAUCAAAUUCACUAGAAGAAGAAUCAAGAACUACACUUGCGUUCAACGAUACGAUGUAUUACACGUUUUCUCCAGUACCUGCUGGAUCUCUAAUCAAGCAUUUAGCUGAUACCAGUUCAUUAAUAGCCAUAUUAAUAUUUGGGCUGCUGUUUUUCUUAGUGAGUAUAAUAUUGUUUGCUCAAAAAGCUUUUGAAAGCUAUAAAAGGAAAGACUAUGUUCAAGUAGACUAUUUAAUAAAUGGAAUGUAUGCAGACUCAGAUAUGUAAGAGCAAGAAAAAUGAAAAUAUAGGAAUUAUAAUACUUCUCCAUUAUUGGUAAUGACAGUGUUUCUUCACCAAACUAAGCACAUUGGGAGAAGGUCUGGUGUGGAUCAGCAGUAACUUGUGCUGUAAGCCAAACAGAACUGUCUCAUUUUGGAACUUGUGGGGACCUUUCAGAGGAUCAGUUGCCUGAGAAUUAAUUAUGAAUUUUAGAGUAUAAUCAUGAUGAAAAGAGAUAAUUUGGGUUAUCCUGAAAUUGAUUGUACUCCUGUUUGUUAAUAUUGUUUUGAUAUUUUGGGGGACUUGCAUCCUUGAUUCUGGUGGGAUUGCAACAAAACAAAAUGCUUCAAUCACUGUCUCAUACAAAAAAAAUCUGGUGUAUUUUUUAAUUGAAAGGGACUUUUGCAAUAAAAUAAGUUUUUAAUGAAAACAAUGCGGUAACCUAACACAACCUUCUCAGCAAGUCAUUGCAAAAAACUGUGUUACUGAGCAUUGAGCUAAAAUGUGCAAUUGUAAAGCACCAUUAUGGAGCUUUCUUGCCUUAAAAUUUUUAAUUUUUUUUUAAUGCUACAUUUCUGAAAUGUAUCUCUCUUCUCAGAGAUGCUUGUAUAAUUUUGAGAUUCCUAAACAUUAAUUCAUCAUAAAACUAUUAAAGUAACUCUUGUGCAUUAAUAGCUGAGAUACUAUUGUAUCUUGCUGCCACGAAUGCUCUGCUUGUCUGAACUACUGUAUUGUCCUCAUGGAAGACCAAGUCUAAUGAACAUAAAAGUACAAAGUUCACAUUU